AUGAUGUCAACCACAGAAGGAGAACUGGACGUCGAGGUGUCCCUCGAAAAGGAAGAAGGAGAGUUGGAAGAUUCGGACGUGGAAGAGGGCACGUAUAUUCCUCUGACACGACCGGAGGCCUUCAAUCCACCGUCUUUAGUGCACAUGAAAAUCCAAGAUGAGCAGAGUGAUGAACUUUCGUGGCCAGAGUCCUCGGAUGGUUCAGAUUCGGAUGAUGAGCCAAGGCGGCGACCCAAACGUACUAAAUUGAGGCCGUUGCGACCACAAUCUCAGGCUGUUGGACAUUCUGACAAAAAAGAUAAAUAUAAUGUUUGGAGUAAAGCUUUGCAGGAGGAUCUUUUAACUGAAGAUAUGGUAGGAUGUGAUGUUACUAAGAAAAGCAGCAAUUAUGGUGUAGAAUCUUAUGAUUACACUAUUAAGUAUAGAUUAGAUGAUAACUAUGUAUCUAAGAAAGUAUUUGCGAAUGAUGAAGACUGUCGUGAACGAACUUCAAAUAAAAGAAGAAGGUCAGAUAUGACUAAUGUCAAACUGAGACUUGGUAAAAGAGUUAACAGUCAUCGACAAUCGGAAACUAAACAGAAUCCAAAAUUCUUACCCGACUUGUUGGUGACAUCGCAGGACCCUAUUGAAGCUAUUGCUAAUGAAAUAGCUGAGAAAUUAGCUGAGGAGAAAAAAGAUUUAGUUGGGAGGAUUGUUCAAUUCCUAGGUGCUCAAAAAGCUAUAGACCUCUACAGACAAACACAGAAGGUUGAAGCUGAUGGUGGCAUGCUGGUUAUGAAUGGAACUCGUCGCCGUACUGCUGGUGGGGUGUUCUUUUUCCUUCUUAAGCGUGACGACGACAUAUCUCAGGAAAUGGUUACGAAGCUAUUUAAUGAAGACCGCCGUGAGACAGCUCGAAGGAUCAAAAAGUCACGUACAAACAGUCGUCAAAAAGUAAUGGAGCAGCUUAAACAGAGUCUUACAGAUUCGGAACUACCUUCAUUGUUAUCACGAGGAGAGGCGACAGUGCAAUCAGAACACGGUUCGAAUCCCCCGCCGUCACCUGCGACCGACGCGCGCGAGUGUUCAAGCGAUACUGACGCACAAACAGACGCUCCCCUCUCCCCCGCGAGGCCUCUAUCCCCACUACCCGAUCGAACGGAUCCGCGCACAGUACAAGAUUACGAAGACGAUGACUUCCUCGAGGUGACGUGCAACGAUGAGAUGGACCUAUUCUAA